UUGAAUGCAAACUUUGAAAUCAAUGAAAACUAAAUUUAUAUUAUUUUAAUUGAAUUAAGCAUUUGAUGUAUUGUUGACCACAAACUCAUCGCUUAUAUUAAAGUCAAAUACAAAUCAUCACUCAUUUCAUACAUAAUCUGAUAAUUGGUAAUCAAUGUCUGAGCGAGCAGUGUUUGUAUUGGACGUGUCCGGCAGUAUGUUGGGUGCGAAGUGCCAGACCCUGCAGUUGGAGACCGUGCGCUUCAUUGAUCGUAUCGGUGAUAAUAACCAAGUGGGGAUUGUGUUGUUUGAUGAUUAUGGCUGGACCGCACACGCAGUGACUAAAAUCACGGGUCACUCCGUUAGGCAAAGCAUUGUCGCUGCCGUACCAGAGAUGGCCAGAGGGGGCACUGAUAUCGGGGCUGGAAUUAUGGAAGGGUUGGCGGCGUUCAGUUGCGCCGGUGUGGACACCAAUGGCGCGAAGAUAUUUCUGGCCACCGAUGGCGGCCAUUGUGUGGGAAUCCCUGACUAUGUGGGCCAUGUUUUACCACAUUUGAUUAGCGCAAAGGUAAAGGUGUAUUGUCUCGCAAUCGGUGUGAGCGCUGAUCAUAAUCUGGAAAAGCUCGCGACAGCAACCGGUGGUCAGGUCUUCAACUUGAGUCGAGUGGACGCCGAGAGCCGCGAAAUGAUGGCCCGCGUAAUGGAGGCCGCGAUGAAAGAAGUCAUUACAAGUAAAGAGAUGGCAGAAGUGGUCACUCAUACUGUGGUUAACGAAGUUGUGGUCAUAAAUGGCAACACAUAUGAGACUCGAGUGCCCAUUGAGGCCGACAUCGGACGCAACACUCAAAUUCAUGUCCGCUCCGAAGCCAUCAACGAUAUCGUUGUAGAGAUCACCGGCCCGUCAGGUGCUGUCUAUAGCACUACCGGUGGAGAGAUUAUGAAACGAUUGGAUCUAAAAGAGUGCGUCCUAUUCAUGGACUCGACUGAAUCGGGUCUUUGGGCUAUUAAAGUGAGGGCAAAGACAUCGGGCACAGUUAGGGCCCAUUUGGUGGUUGAGAGCAAUCCUACCGGCGCUCAGGCCAUUGAAUUGCAGGUGUUUUUGAAGGCAUCGGAAGGCAAUUGUCCGCCGAUAGUGGCCUCGAAACUAUCUAAAGGCAAUGACCCGAUUCUAAGCGCUUUAGUUACGGCAACAGUGGACAAACCGGACGGCACUCAGACUAACCUCUCGUUAAGCUCGCAUCAUAACGACGGCUAUUAUUACGCCUACUUCACCGACUAUAGCGGCGCCGGCAGAUAUAAUGUUAGCGCACUGGCCGUUGAUGAUGGCAACAAUACUGUUUACCAUGGCGCACCCAUCGGGCAAUUCCGUCGCCAACGGGUGGCUAAUAGUUUUCAAGUGAUGGCCGACUCUAUGCCCACUCAAUUGCCCGCUUAUGACCAUUUUGCCCAACUGUUGCUUAGCAACAAAUUUGGGUCAAUGCGAAUUAACAAUAGCACCCAAUCGGGAGCACCGGUGGGUCCGGCUCCCAAACGGUCGGGUUCUUCGCUGGACAACAAAGUAGUGCUAUUGAGUGCUAAAAUGCGAUCACUUAAGAGUCGAUUGGCGUCCAAUUUUUAUCGCACAAAAUUGUCGGUCAAUGGACUACAGGUGUCCGCCACUGAGAAGUCAGGUCUGAUUAAUCGGUUGACCACUUUUGACCGCUUUCUAACCUCUGUUCGCGAGACGACUGCCGAAGAGAUCGAUGGAUAUCAACACACUUUGGAUGACGUGAACGAUAAGAGGGAGAAGUGUUUUCACGUCAUACGGGAGACGGCGAGCAAAGAGAACGGCACUCAGAUGUGUCUUGAGCUCAACCCCAACGCAAGACUGGUCACCAUCGGGUCCCGAGAGGAACAGGACUUUAUUGGACAGUUGACUAAACCGUAUCAGAAUAUCACGUACAAGGCGUGGACCGGUAUUGACCGAGAUUUGUCCAGAAAAUACAGCGACUGGGUUGAGGGCAGUCCAGCGUCCGAGUGGUGGUACCGGUCGUGCGUUCAGAUAUCUAUAUCGCCGUACAAUACCGGCAAAUGGUUUGACGAGCCCUGUAGUCGACGGGCGUUAAUUGUGUGCGAACGGCGACAGGAAUGGACGCUGGAUGUGCUGAGCGCAGCCCUGGCCAACGUGACCAUGGUGCUGAAUGAGCAACAAACCCUGAUUGAUCAGUUGCGGCUCAAUAUGACACAACUUAAACCAAGAUCUCUUGAUAUUGAGCCAAAUAAUUUGACCAAGGUGGACAGUGAGUUAGAUGGCCUUAUGCCAGCGCCGGGCAUUCCCAUAGGGUUUAUAUACAUACAGUUGCCCAACCAGUCGGAGCCCCGGAGUAUGUGGCCGCUGACCAAUUGGACAGAUGUGUCCGAUCAGUACGCGGGACUGUUUUUCCGGGCGGCGGGCGGGACAGCGGCCCCGUUCGGGCUAAUACAACCGGCUAACUAUUCGUCAAUCAUCGGGGUUAAGGCCGGGACAGUGAGUCUGGACGACGGCCUGGAGGACAAUGACGAGCGCCUGUAUGUCGUACGUGAGGGCCAAUGGAGUGGUACAGCGCUGACCAGUUUUAUGCGCAUAACAGCACUCAGUAAUGUACAGGUGUUUAAGACUAGGGGCGAGAAUCGACCCGUGAAUACCGCCGUUCGGGUCUGGAAACGGAUCGAGUGA